AUGACCCUGCGUGCACUGAGCCAGUACACGGACGUGGUGGUGUGUGCUGACGGAGUAGAGUUCCCGUGUCACCGCGCGGUGCUGGCCGCCAGCAGUACUGCAGCAUACCUUCUGAUAUGUUGUGUUCUGGUUGUUACUGUUUUAGGCCAGUACACGGACGUGGUGGUGUGUGCAGAUGGAGUAGAGUUCCCGUGUCACCGCGCUGUGCUGGCCGCCAGCGUGCCGUACUUCAGCGCCAUGUUCGGCAGCGACAUGAAGGACAGCAACGCAGAGAAAGUGGAGAUCAAACAGGUGAAAGCCAGUGUGAUGGGGGAGCUGGUUCAGUACGUGUACACCGGAAGGGUACGGAUCACAUCUCACAACGCCCAGGCGCUCCUGGAGGCCGCCUGCAUGUUCCAGUGUUCGUCGCUUCGAGAUGGCUGCUGUCGCUUCCUCACCAAGAACCUGGACCCCUGUAACUGCCUGGGGGUGCAGCACCUGGCCGACGCCCUCUCCUGCACCGAGCUGUACGCCAAGGCGCGGGAGUUUUCCCUGCAGCACUUUCUGGAGGUGUCCCAGCAUCAGGAGAUUCUGCAGAUCCCCGAGGAAAGCUUCAUGGAGCUGCUCUCCAGUGAUGACAUCAACACAGAUUCCGAGGAGGCGGUGUUCGAGGUCGCCAUGGCGUGGGUACGGUACGACGUCGAGACAAGAAAGGACAGUCUCGCGAAGGUCAUGUCUGUAGUGCGGCUGCCGCUCGUUAGGUCUGAAUUCUUACUGGACACGGUCGAGACGGAUUCCCUGAUACGCGACUCCAAGGAGUGUCAGGAGUUAGUGGUGGAAGCGAGACGUUACCAGCUUCUGACGUACAAACGUCACGAGCUGCAGAGUCCCCGCACCAGGCCCAGACUGUCCACGGGAUUCGCAGAAGUGAUGCUGGUGCUGGGAGGCGAGUACGAAGAAGCUACGCUGAACACAGUCCACUACAGGAGCCCCAUCACCAGUAGCUGGAUCCCACUGAAAAGCAUUCCACGGAGAAACGAGGAACAGUACAGUGUUGUCACCCUUGUGAACGACAUCUAUCUCAUUGGAGGGGUGUUCAAGGGAAGGCCGCUGUGUCGGGUGUGUUGCUACGACUCCUGUCUGGAUGACUGGCGGUUUGUGGCAAGUCUGUUGGUGGCUCGUUACCGCCAUGGGUCGUGCGUUCUGAAGGGACAGAUUUAUGUUGUCGGUGGGUUCGAUGGAAACAAACGGCUCAGCCAGGUGGAGAAAUACGACCCCACCUCCAACCAAUGGCAGGCCACGGUCCCGCUGCCGACCGCCGUGAGCAGCCCUGCCGUGGCGACCUGCCAGGACAGAAUGUUCGUGAUGGGCGGCGUCUGUAACGACGGCUCAGACUCGAGCCUGGUGCAGAUCUUCGACCCCGAGGCCGUUGUUUGGGAGACCGUAGAACUCCCUCUUGUCGAGAACCGCUGCGCCGUUGCUGUGGUGAUGGAUGCCAAGAUCUACCUCAUCGGCGGCUUCUCCAACAAGGUUCUGGUGCUGGACCCAAGCACGAUGGAGGUGUAUCGUGUGGCGGACAUGAACAUACCGCGUACAUUCCACGCGGCGACGAGCCUGGGAGGCAAGAUAUAUGUGGCGGGCGGGAAGCCGGACAGCGUGAGCAUGCCGGAUGACAGUAUCGAGUCUUACGACCCGUCCGAGGACCAAUGGGAGAUGGAGGGGACACUGCCCUGUCCGCUGUACCUACACGGCAUGGCUGCCAUACACAAAUAUGUCGGGAACGAAGGGAACCUGGCUUAUGUGGACUGAACUAUAAGUUGUAUGCAUUAACAUAAGGAUUGACCCGAAGUAUGUCGGUUAGAUCACAAGUACUAACUACAUUUGGGCAUCCUUAAUCUCCCCUUCUCUUACGCAGAGCGGCACCGGCAAACCGCCUAUUGUCUGUACUCUGCUUUCUCAACCGUCACUACCAGUUCCUGACCGCCCUGCUUAUAAAUAUUAAUGAGCCUACCCUUAUGUGAGCCUGCCGACAUUAUCAAGUCGUAUGACCCGUCCGAGGACCAAUGGGAAAUGGGAGGGGACUCUGCCCUGUCCACUGUACCUGCACGGCAUGGCCGCAAUAGACAUGUAUGUAGGGAAUGAAGGGAACCUGGCAUAUGUGGACUGAAUCACUGCUGCCAUAAGAAAUCCCAGCCACUACUAUCCCUCCAAACGAAACCUCUGCAUGGAGAACAGUCACACUGAUUUAGCUAUAUGCAAUUACAAAUCUCUCCUUGGACAGAAGAGACUCAGUAGUUAUAUUAUGGCUGGAUUCUAGGCUACCCCCAAGUAGUAGCAUUCAGUGUUUUAUUAUAUUGUAGCUGCUGGGGUCCCUGAUGCGGGUUAGGCAGCAG